AUGAAGAUCACAGAGGGGAAGGACAGUUACAGGAGGAAGCUGGAGACCAAGCUCCAGCAGAACAACAUGAGAGAGGUGUGGAAGAGGAUGAGAACCAUCACUGAUCCUGGUAAGAAGGCAGACCAGAUGAUGGAAGGAGACCUACAUGAGGCCAAUAAGCUGAACCUGUUCUUCAACAGUCAGGUGAAAGGUGGGUCUCCAGCCACCGGAGUCCUCAACACUGAGGCGCCAGUGAGUUGGGUCACGCACAGAGAGAUGGGCCACGUGUCUAAUGUGUCAAAGCUGACACUCCCCCACAAUGCAGAUAUGAAGCAGUUGGUGAUUAAAGGAGAAAUUCUCACUGAACAGUAUGAGAGGAAUCUGAGUGUCAACCAGGAGGACAUUAAAGAGGAACAGGAGGAGCUCUGGAUUAGUCACCGUGGACAGCAGCUUCACCGGCAUGAGGAGGCUGACAUCGUGAUGUUUUCUUUCACUGCUGUCCCCAUAAAGAGUGAAAAUGAUGAUGAAAAAGUACAGCUAGAACAGGUUCUUCAAACCCAAAGUGAUGAGAGCACAAAGGAGCCUGUAGCCAGCAGCUCGACAGUACACAGAACACUGAGAGCACAAGCUGAUGGACAGGAUGGUGGAGGACCACAACCAACCAGCAACACUGGUAUAACUAAUUGUUUUCAGCCAGAUACCAAAGAUGGAUCAGACAGUUCUGCAACUGAGAAUGAUGACAGUUGUGACUGGAAACAGGCCAGAGAACUUGGUUCAGAGUUUAACUGUCUCAAAAACAGCAAUGUAUCUGCUAGUUCAACCAGCUACUCAAACAUCACUAAGAAAGAAAUGAAUUCCUCUGAAAAUGGAAAGGUGUGUGGUCACAUGAACAAUUCGAAGCAACCCAAAGGGAAGCAAGCAAGUGAAAAAUCAUUAAGUCAUCCUCAUUGUGGUAAAAGAUUGAGGAGAAAGGGCCUGAAAACACACGACAAUUCAUACAGGAGAGAAACCAUUUAGCUGUUCUGAGUGUGGACAAAGCUUCAGAAAGAAGAGCAAUCUUAACACACACAUGAGAAUUCACACAGGAGACUAGUGGAGGCAGUCCAUACUUUUUCUAAGGAAAUCGGUAUGGAAUUUGGGCUAGAUAAGUGCUCUAAAUGUACAAUCAGAGGUGGUAAAAAGCAGGUCACAGAAAAUAUACAGUUGGAUGAGGGGAACGUUAUUGAAGAUUUGGCUGAGGAUUCCACGUACAAAUAUCUGGGAAUUGAAGAAAAUACUACAAUAGAGCAUAAAAA